AUUUGUGUUCAUCAUCUUUGCUCCCUGUACAAAAUUAUUAUACAGUGUAUGUAGCAAAUAUUUCUUGUCUUGUAUAUAUCCCAUGAUUGUCUUCUGAGGACACUUUUUUUCACAUCAAAGUUAUUUCACCAUGAAUUCUCAAGGAAUUCAAGUUUGUUUCUUAUUUCAAUAUGUAACUUAAUUAUUGUACAUAGAAUAGAAGAGUAUACAAUUCAGGCUUCCAAAUACAUACCUGAUUCUCCCUGCACAUAAAUGAAGUAGAUUGUGAUUUCUUCCAGGACCCAAAACACUAGAUGUAUCAUGAAUUAAUAUUCUGUUUACAUGUGGACUCACUGAAGACUUUCUUGCUUGAGAUCCACUUGUCAUUCUCUCCACUAAUGGUACAGUCUCAUGAAAGGUGGAAUUUGAAUGUCUUUCAUGUAUAUUAUGUAAGCUAUCACCCUUCUUGCUUAGAAGGUAUUGAAUGUUGUUAGACUUUUAUUAUGCUAUUUUUUUUAAUUGAAAGUGUCAUUUGUAAAUGACAUGAUUUUGAAGCUUUCCUUUUUUGGGAGAGAGUUUGAGGCACAAUCUCACAUUGUAUUUCAGACUGGUCUUGAAUUUACUAUGUAGACAAGGGUUGCCUUGAACUCAUGGCACUCCUCCUGUAUCAGUCUCCAAAGUGAUGGAAUUACAGGCAUGUACUACCACACCUGGCUGGAUUUUCCUUUUGUGCCUAACUACUUUGUGACAUAUUGGUUUUCAAUGUAUAUCGUAUAUUUUAUUCAUCUUCCCUUCAUUGCUCUUCCAUACUCCCCUAGAAUCUCCUAUCUAAGAAUACAAGGUGGCCAUUUGAUGAUACUGAGUUACAAGAUAAUAUGCCAGGCUUUCCCUCUUUUCAUUGUUCAUAGACUCGUUCCAAUAAAACUUUUCCAUGAACAUUUUAAUUAGCAUUUAUAAACCUUAUUUGAUGUUCAAUUAUGUUCUUUUCUGUGAAGCCAAAUUUAAGUUUCAAAAUGCUGCCUAAGUACAAUCAAAGAAAGAAAGAUUCAAUGCCAUAAAUGAUAAGAUUUGAAGAGAUACUACCUAUGGUUUAUCAAAGCCAUUCAUGGGCCAGGGAUUUACCUCAGUGGCACCACCCCUGCCUCACAAGCACAAGGUCCUGAGUUUGAUCCCUGACAUUGGAAAAAAAAAAAGACAUUCAUUAGCUAUUCAUCUGCCCCAGUGUUUUAUGGAUUGUAAUCUUGUAGGCACUGUCUGUGAGCUCUGCUGUAGAGACAGUGCACAGAUACCCUUGCAGUGACUGAGGAGUAAGAACCACUGCUCCUAUUCUGCUGGUGUUUUAGCAGUGAAUAGCAGUCUGGCAUCAGAAUUGCUAUCUGAAAGAAAUGUGCAUACAAAUGGAAUUGAUGACCAAGACAUGGAGUUAAUAUUUGAAGGAUUCAGCCUCCACUCAGUUGUUUUGUUUUGUUGAGACAGGGUCUCACUGUGUAAUUCAGGUUCCCCUUGAACUCACUGUGUACCCCACACUGGUCUUGAAAUCAUGGUGAUCCUCCUACCUCAGCCUCCUGAGUGCUGGGAUUACAGACAUGCACCACCACACCUGGCUCUCAAUUUAACUUUUUAUGAGAGUUGAGAUAUCCCAAACUGUGAGUCUCAACCUUCCUUUGAGAAAUAUCUGUACGAUGUUUAGGAGACAGUGACCUUUGAGGAUGUGGCUGUGAACUUCACCAUGGAGGAGUGGGCUUUGCUGAAUCUAUCUCAAAAGGAACUCUACAGAGAUGUGAUGUGGGAAAUCUUCAGAAACAUGGCAGCUAUAGGGAGAGACUGGGAUGACUGGGAAGUUGAAGAAGAGUAUGAGACUUACUGGAGAAAUCUAAGAAAUGAAGCUUGGAAUCAACAUGAGGAAAUAUUCCUUUGGACUCUAGAUGCUAAUGUACACAUGAAACAAGAUAGUUUAAAACCAGCUGAAAGCCUUGCUUGUAGAAACCCCCUGGUUGAGAUUUUUUCACUAAAUAUGCCCAUCAUAGCUCACAGUGCACUGAAGCCAUGUGAGUAUUUGGGAUCUGAAGAGAAGCUAUACAAAUGUAAUGAACAUAGAAGAACUUUCAGUGAUUUCCAGUCUUUUCAGAAGCAUGCAAGGACAAAGACUGGAGAGAAGCCUUAUGAAUGUGAUCAAUGUGGGAAAUCCCACUCAGAUCUUAGUGAAACAACUCACCUUAGAGAGAAGACCUUUGUAUGUAAGAAUAAUUUGAAAGCCUCCAGCACAUCCAGUGAUGUUAAGAUCCAUGAAAGAAAUCACAGUGAGGGGAAACGCUAUGUAUGUAAGCAAUGUGGAAAAGCUUUUAGCACACAUCGAUAUUGUCAAAUACCUAAAAGAAGUCACACUGGGGAGAAACCCUAUGUAUGUUAA